AUGGGCUCGAGGAGUAAGGCGACAGGUGAUGCCACGGCCUCGACGGUGAAGGCAGAAGAAAUCCGGAGCCUGGUUUUGGACUUGAGAUUCCAGUUGGUCAUCCCCGCGGGUGGUGUCCCGCGGGCAGCUGGGCUAACAAAGCUCGGGGUGUCGUCAGAGUCCCACACGCUGCAAGUGAUCCUGGGCUGUGAGGUGCGAGAGGACAACAGCACCAGGGGCUUCUGGAAGUACGGCUAUGACGGGCAGAACUACCUUGAAUUCCGCCCUGAGACGCUGGACUGGAGGGCUGCAGAGCCCAGGGCCUGGGCCACCAAGCUGGAGUGGGAAGUGAGCGCGAUUCGGGCCAAACAGAACAGGGCCUACCUGGAGAGGGACUGUCCCAUGCAGCUGCAGAGUUUGCUGGCGCUGGGGACAGGGGUUCUGGACCGGCAAGUGCCUCCCUUGCUGAAGGUGACUCAUCAUGUGGCCUCUGCAGUGACCACUCUACGGUGUCAGGCUCUGAAUUUCUACCCCCAGAACAUCACCAUGAGGUGGCUGAAGGACAGGCGGCCGCUGGAGGCCAAGGACGUUGAGCCUCAGGACGUGCUGCCCAACGGGGACGGGACCUACCAGGGCUGGUUGGCCGUGGCCGUGCCUCCCGGGGAAGAGCACAGAUACACCUGCCUGGUGGAGCACCCGGGGCUAAACCAGCCCCUCGCUGCCACGUGGGAGCCAUCGGUGCCCAGCACCCUGGUCAUUGGAGCCAUCAGUGGGAUCGCUGUUUGUGUCAUCCUCUUUGUUAUUGGUGUUCUGUUCCGAAUCUUCAGGAAAAGGCAGGCUUCGAGAGGAGCCAUGGGGGACUACGUGUUGGCCGAAUGUGAGUGA